UCCCAUGCACAGAUGAAACUCUUUCGCCUCAACGCAUGAUCUUCCAACGUCCCCCUUCUCGUCCUCUACCCUGCUUGCAAUGAACGCCCCAGCACUGUCGACUACGCCACAUCACCCACCACUGUUUUUCACGCCAAAAAGAUCCUCCUCGCUCGACACAAUUCAUAUUAUGGAGCAGAAACGUCUGGAAAUUGAUCCAGCAUCGAUGCCGCUGGCUGACGAUAGCGAAGCGCCAACAGUGGCGUAUGUUCAAGACAUUGAGGUGACGACAGAGGGGGGCGAUGGGUGACCUGUUCUCGCGCAUCGCUUGGACGCAAUGCGCACGCAUCCUCUUGGCGCCUUU